ACAAACAAAAAGAGCAGGGAGUGGCCGUUUCUCUUUCUUUCGCGAAGGCGCGAUUAGGGUUGUGGCGGAACCCUAAACCCGCCACCCUCACUCUCGGCGACGACGAUGGCGAGGUCAUCCGCGGCCGGGCUCCUCUCCUCCCUCCGGUCGAGGGGCGGCGACGCCCUCCUCCAACCCCUCCGCCCCGUCUCUCUCCUCCUCCUCCUCCACGGCGGCGGCGGCGGCGGCGCCGGGGGGUGGCAGCGGGCGAUGUCUACGGGGAGCGCGGCUCGGGCGAAGGAGGAGAAGGAGGCGUGGUGGAAGGAGGCGAUGGAGCGGAUGCGGAACAUCGGGAUUUCCGCCCACAUCGACUCCGGGAAGACGACGCUGACGGAGCGGAUCCUCUUCUACACGGGGAGGAUCCACGAGAUCCACGAGGUGCGCGGCCGCGACGGCGUCGGGGCGAAGAUGGACUCCAUGGACCUCGAGAGGGAGAAGGGGAUCACCAUCCAGUCCGCCGCCACCUACUGCACCUGGAACGGAUACCAGGUUAAUAUAAUUGAUACUCCAGGUCACGUGGAUUUCACCAUUGAAGUAGAGAGGGCAUUGCGUGUUCUUGAUGGUGCCAUCCUUGUUCUAUGUAGUGUUGGUGGUGUACAAAGUCAAUCAAUCACUGUCGAUCGCCAAAUGAGAAGAUAUGAAGUUCCAAGGCUUGCAUUCAUUAACAAAUUAGAUAGAAUGGGAGCAGAUCCAUGGAAAGUUCUUAAUCAGGCAAGAUCUAAGCUCCGUCACCACAGUGCAGCGGUACAAGUGCCAAUGGGAUUAGAAGAGGAAUUCCAGGGCCUUGUGGAUCUUGUAGAAUUGAAAGCCUAUUACUUCCAGGGUCCCAAUGGUGAAAAGGUUGUUGAAGCUGAUAUUCCAUCAAAUAUGGAAGGAUUAGUCACAGAAAAGCGACGUGAGCUUAUUGAAGUUGUUUCUGAAGUGGAUGAUAAGCUAGCUGAAGCUUUUCUUAAUGAUGAGCCUAUCACGUCAAGCGACCUUAAGAUGGCUAUUCGUAGGGCUACAGUAGCGCGCAAGUUUGUACCGGUGUUUAUGGGAAGCGCAUUCAAAAAUAAGGGUGUUCAACCGCUUCUUGAUGGAGUGCUGGACUAUCUGCCUUUCCCGACUGAGGUUGAAAAUUAUGCACUUGACCAAAAUAAAUCUGAAGAGAAGGUAUUACUGUCUGGGAAUCCUGCUGGACCCCUUGUUGCUUUGGCUUUCAAGCUGGAGGAAGGGCGGUUUGGUCAGUUGACAUAUUUGAGGAUCUAUGAAGGUGUUAUACGCAAGGGUGACUUUAUAAUCAAUGUAAACACAGGGAAGAAGAUUAAAGUUCCUCGUUUAGUUAGGAUGCAUUCUGAUGAGAUGGAGGACAUUCAAGAAGCUCAUGCUGGCCAAAUUGUUGCUGUGUUUGGAGUGGAUUGUGCAUCAGGUGAUACAUUUACAGAUGGGUCGGUCAGAUACACCAUGACUUCCAUGAAUGUUCCUGAACCAGUGAUGUCGUUGGCUGUUUCACCUGUAUCUAAAGAUUCUGGAGGACAAUUUUCAAAAGCACUAAAUCGUUUCCAGAAAGAGGAUCCAACUUUCCGUGUUGGUCUGGAUGUUGAGAGUGGGCAGACAAUCAUCUCUGGGAUGGGGGAGCUUCAUUUGGAUAUUUAUGUUGAACGCAUUCGCAGGGAGUACAAGGUUGAUGCGAAGGUGGGAAGACCACGUGUUAACUUUAGGGAAACUGUCACCCAGCGUGCAAAUUUUGAUUACUUGCACAAGAAGCAAUCAGGAGGUCAAGGUCAAUAUGGACGUGUUUGUGGAUAUAUCGAACCUCUUCCAAUGGGAUCUCCAACGAAGUUUGAAUUUGAGAAUAUGAUUAUAGGUCAAGCAAUUCCUUCGAAUUUUAUCCCAGCUAUAGAGAAAGGCUUUAAAGAAGCUAGCAACUCGGGAUCAUUGAUUGGGCAUCCUGUUGAAAAUCUUCGAGUAGUUUUGACUGAUGGAGCAUCACAUGCAGUGGAUUCAAGUGAACUGGCUUUUAAGUUGGCAGCCAUUUAUGCUUUCAGACAGUGUUAUGCAGCAGCUAAGCCUGUCAUAUUGGAACCUGUGAUGAAGGUAGAACUAAAAGUACCAACAGAAUUUCAGGGCACCGUUACUGGUGACAUUAAUAAGAGAAAAGGUGUGAUCGUUGGAAAUGACCAAGAUGGUGAUGACACCAUCGUCGUUGCUCAAGUACCACUGAACAACAUGUUUGGAUACUCGACGGCACUUCGCUCCAUGACCCAGGGCAAAGGCGAGUUCACCAUGGAAUACCUGGAGCAUUUGGCGGUCUCCCAAGAUGUACAAAUGCAGCUCAUAAACACCUACAAGGCUAACAAGGGCGCUGAGUAAUCUAUUCUUUGAUAUAAUUAUAUUUAUAGACUUUCUACAGGAAAUUUUGUACUCACGUGCACAAAACCACAUGUAACAUUAGCAUUAUUAAUUUUUUUGUGUUCCAAUUUCCAAAUGAGGUAGGCGUGCCAUUUUUUGGACUGUUAGUAAUGUCGUUGCUAUAAACGUUAGAACAGAAUACCCAGCACUAGUCAAAAUGUGUGGAAAUAAAGUUGGGUCCUCUUUUUGAUCAUAAUUUUCUUUGUUUAGUCAUUGUAACUGUAGCUGUUAUUGCAAGGAAUAGCUGCUACCACCUGGAAACUAUAGCUGUUGCUGACUAGUGGGAAAUGGUAGAAGAUAAGUCUCUUGGGUAUCA